CCCUAGACUGAGACGUCCUGUCUCAGUGCUGGAACGAGACUGUUAGAAGUCGUUCAAAGGCCUUUGGUUAACUCUGGUUCGGUACACUUUGGGAGUAUAAACUCAUCUCAUUCAUCACAAUGCUGGGUACGAUCAGUCGGCAGCUCAGGAGCCACCCUGCUCUGAUCCCACUAUUCGUUUUCAUUGGUGGUGGAUGCGCCAUGUCCCUGUCAUAUCUGGCUCGCCUGGCCAUCCGCAACCCAGAUGUCUGCUGGGAUAAGAAAAACAACCCAGAGCCCUGGAAUAAACUGGGGCCCAAUCACCAGUACAAGUUCUACGCAGUAAACAUGGACUACAACAAACUGGAGAAGGACCGCCCUGACUUCUAAAUGCAUCUAGGGAAUCCAGACAGUGCUGGACCAAAGGCUUGAUUUAAAACAAAACCUAAAGAGCAACAUGUCCACACUUCCAUGGCCCUUCUUCUAAUAUUAAUUUAUGCAAUGAGACUAAAUGGCACAACCUUCUUAACACAUUUGAUUUAUGGCGUUACUCGUAUUUUCUUUCCAAUGUUUGUAGUCGAACAGUUAAUAAAAAGGGAUUUUUCCCCACAUACAGAGAAAAAUGA